CUCUGAUAACUACAGUUUUGCACCUCAUUAAUCAUCCAAAGACCUGACAGUAUGUGCAAGCAGAUGUAGAGUUAGAGCGAAUUUUAGCCCCUUACACAGAUUUUCACUACAGGCAUAAUCCAGACACAGCAGAAGGACAACUCAAAGAGGACAGAGAAGCACGGUUUCUAGCUAGUAAAAUGGGGAUAGUGGCAGCAUUUCGAUCAUGGGCAGGUAUUAUCAGCCUGUGCAAACCUGGAAAUUCUGGGAUUCAAUCUCUUAUUGGGGUACUCUGUAUACCAAAUAUGGAAAUACGGCGAGGCCUGCUUGAAGUUCUCUAUGAUAUAUUUCGCCUUCCUCUUCCUGUUAUCGCAGAAGAGUUUAUUGAGGCACUUCUCAGUGUAGAUCCAGGCAGGUUUCAAGACUGCUGGAGACUUUCUGAUGGCUUUGUAGCUGCUGAAGCUAAAACCGUAUUACCCCAUCGAGCCAGGUCAAGGCCUGAUCUCAUGGAUAAUUACUUGGCGUUAGUGCUUUCAGCUUUUAUUACUAAUGGACUUCUAGAGGGUCUGGUUGAAGUGAUCACAAGUAGCGAUGACCAUGUGUCUGUUAGAGCAACUAUCCUUUUGGGAGAACUUUUGCACAUGGCAAACACAAUUCUUCCCCAUUCUCACAGCCAUCACUUGCACUGCUUGCCAACACUGAUGAAUAUGGCAGCAUCUUUUGACAUCAUGAAAGAGAAAAGACUACGAGCAAGUGCAGCACUCAACUGCUUAAAGCGUUUUCAUGAGAUGAAGAAAAGAGGACCUAAACCUUACAGCCUGCAUUUAGAUCAUAUUAUUCAGAAAGCAAUCUCAACACACCAAAAAAGGGAUCAGUACCGCGUACAGAAAGACAUCUUUAUUUUAAAGGAUACAGAAGAGGCACUCAUCAUGAAUCUUCGAGACAGCCAAGUUCUCAAUCACAAAGAGAACCUUGACUGGAACUGGAAUCUGAUAGGGACCAUACUGAAGUGGCCAAAUAUAAAUCUAAGGAACUAUAAAGAUGAACAAUUACACAGGUUUGUAAGGAGGUUGCUGUAUUUUUACAAGCCUAGCAGCAAACUCUAUGCCAACCUGGAUCUGGACUAUGCCAAGGCAAAGCAACUCACUGUCGUGGGCUGUCAGUUUACUGAAUUUCUUCUUGAAUCAGAAGAGGAUGGACAAGGUUACUUGGAGGAAUUGGUUAAAGAUAUUGUACAUUGGCUCAACUCUUCAUCAGGAAUGAAACCUGAACGUAGUCUUCAAAAUAAUGGGUUAUUAAAUACUCUUAGCCAGCACUACUUUCUGUUUUUCGGUACUUUAUCUUGUCACCCUCAUGGAGUGAAAAUGCUUGAAAAAUGUAACGUGUUUCAGUGUCUUCUUAACCUUUGUUCUUUGAAGAACCAGGAUCACUUGUUAAAAUUGACUGUUUCUAGUCUGGAUUAUAGCAGAGAUGGAUUGGCAAGAGUCAUCCUUUCUAAAAUCCUGACAGCAGCUACUGAUAGCUGCAGGUUGUAUGCAACAAAACACUUACGAGUAUUGCUGAGAGCUAAUGUAGAGUUCUUCAGCAACUGGGGGAUUGAGUUACUGGUGACCCAGUUACAUGAUAAAAAUAAAACUAUUUCUUCUGAGGCACUUGAUAUUCUAGAUGAGGCAUGUGAAGACAAGGCCAAUCUUCAUGCCCUUAUCCAAAUGAAACCAGCUCUUUCUCAUCUUGGAGACAAGGGUUUGCUUCUACUCCUAAGAUUUCUGUCUAUCCCAAAGGGCUUUUCGUAUCUAAAUGAAAGAGGUUAUGUAACAAAACAGAUGGAAAAGUGGCAAAAGGAAUAUAACCUAAAGUAUGUUGAACUGAUUGAAGAACAACUUAAUGAAGCACUUACAACAUAUCGCAAACCUGUUGAUGGUGAUAACUAUGUUCGUCGGAGCAACCAAAGAUUACAACGACCACAUGUAUACCUGCCAGUUCACCUUUAUGGCCAACUGGUGCACCAUAAGACAGGAUGCCAUUUAUUGGAGUCUCAGAGUAUUGUUACAGAUCUGAGUUACACUGUUCGGUCCCCAAUGCUGGAUAAAUGGGAAGGAAUUAAGCAGCUGAAAGCAGCCCUUUGGGCUUUGGGCAACAUUGGGUCAUCAAACUGGGGUCUUAACUUGCUUCAAGAGGAGAAUGUAAUUCCGGAUAUAAUGGCGCUUGCUCAACAUUGUGAGGUUCUCUCUGUUAGAGGAACCUGUGUCUACGUGCUUGGUCUAAUAGCCAAAACUAAACAAGGAUGUGACAUUUUGAAGCAUCACAACUGGGAUGCAGUGAGACACAGUCGUAGACAGCCUUGGCCGGUGGUCCCUGAUGACAUGGAGCAGCUCUGCAAUGAACUUUCUUCUAUACCCAGCACUCUUAGCUUGAACUCUGAGUCCACCAGUUCUAGGCACAACAGUGAAAGCGAAUCUGCUCCUUCAAGUAUGUUCAUCAUGGAGGAUGACCGUUUUGGUAGUACUUCCACCAGUACUUUCUUUCUAGAUAUUACUGAAGAUGCAGAACAAAUAUUUUAUGACAGACCUGGACCUUCAAAGGACAAAGACCGUAGUCCCUUUCCUUUUUUCUCUUCUAGCAGACUUGUGAAAAAUCGCAUUCUAAACUCUCUUACUCUACCUAAUAAAAAACACAGAAGUAGCAGUGAUCCAAAAGGAGGAAAGCUGACAUCAUCUGACAGUAAAUCAGGCCUGAGGCGAAAUCGUACAGUAACAGAACCUAGUGGUAGCAUAGACUUUCCUGCUGGGGAAGAGUUCAACCCUGUUUUCAGAGUUCCAAAAAUCCAGACUUUACGAUUAGAAACUUCUUUUGUUGGAAGUAAACACGUGGAAGACACUGAUAGUACCCCAAGUAUUGGAGAGAAUGAUCUGAAGCUGCCAAAAGGUCUUGGAAAUGAAAUUCAUCGGGAAAACACAAGUAAAGAAAGGCUGAUAGGAGAUGGUACUACACAAACACAUUUCAAGAGUCGUAGCUUAAGUUUUAAUACAGAUACCACAACAAGUGGCAUAAGCUCAAUGAGCUCCAGCCCUUCAAGGGAGACUGUAGGUGUGGACACUACAAAUGUAGAUACUGACUGUGGAAGUUUGAGUACUGUGGUAAGCACAAAAACAGUUAAACCAAGUCACUGUUCAACACCACAGCCUAACCACCUGCCCCUCUCAAAAUCCAACUCUGUAUCCCUGGUACCACCAGGCUCUUCUCAUACCCUUCCCCGAAGAGCCCAGUCUCUUAAAGCUCCUUCACUUGCUACGAUAAAAAGUCUUGCUGAUUAUAACUUCAGCUACACGAGUUCUCGAGAUGCCUUUGGCUAUGCUACACUAAAGCGCCUACAGCAGCAGAGGAUGCAUCCCUCACUGUCUCACUCAGAAGCCCUGGCAUCUCCAGCAAAAGACGUGCUGUUUACUGACACUAUUACCAUGAAGUCUGGCAGCCUGGAUUCUCGGUUAACCCCAAGCCGGUUCAUGAAAGCUUUAAGUUAUGCUUCGUUAGAUAAAGAAGAUUUAUUAAGUCCUAUUAACCAAAACACACUUCAGCGUUCCUCUUCUGUUCGCUCCAUGGUUUCUAAUGCUACCUAUGGUAGCUCUGAUGAUUACAUUGGCCUCGCUCUCCCAGUGGAUAUCAAUGAAAUAUUUCAGGUAAAGGAAACUCCAUAUUUCCAGAAGAAAACUACACCUCCACUGGAUGACCGUGGAGCUAGGGUCUUUGCACCUGAUGCAGGAGGUCUUCCAUCAGGUGCAAGUGAUGUUGUCAAAAGCCCUUUCCAGAUGCUACGACAGCAGAUCAGUCUCACAGAAAUCAUGAAUACCAGUCGUUCAGAUGCCUCUCAGUUCUUAGAAAGUACAGAGGAUACUGGGCUGCAGGAGCACACAGAUGAGAACUGUCUUUACUGUGUCUGCAUUCAAAUUCUGGGUUAUCAGCCUAACAACAAGGUGAACUCUGCAUAUAGUCGUACAGAUUUUUCAGACAUUCCAUAUACUGACUGGUGUGGGCAGACCAUUCACAAUCACUUAGAUGUGCAUUCCUCCAAAUUCUCUGGAAUUUCAGGCUGUAGUGAUGCAGUAUCCCAUGGUUCAGCUAGCAGCACCAAGAGUACAGAACUUGUGUUGGGAGUAAAAUCAAUCCCAGAUGAUACUCCAGUGUGCAGAAUACUUCUGCGGAAAGAAGUCCUACGUUUGGUAAUCAAUUUGAGUAGUUCAGUUGGAACUAAAGGCCAUGAAACUGGACUUUUGACAAUUAAGGAGAAGUACCCCCAAGCAUUUGACGACAUAUGCCUUUACUCUGAGGUGUCCUACUUGUUAGCACACUGUACAUUUCGACUUCCAUCUCGAAGGUUCAUUCAGGAGCUGUUUCAAGAUGUUCAGUUCUUGCAAAUGCAUGAAGAAGCAGAGGCUAUUUUAGCAACACCGACAAAACAGCCUGUAAUUGAUGCAUCAGCUGAAUCCUGACCUCUGCCCAUGUAAUGCAUUUCAUGCAGACUUUCUGAAAUCCUCACACAACCUACAACUGACUGGACAAAAAAAGCUUGGAGCAUCAUCUUCUAAACUGUUCCAGAAGCUACUGGUACCUGAAGACUGAACUGAAAAUGUUUUCUUCCUCAACCAAUUACUGCCACAAUGAUUUGAGACCUUUGGGGAUUUAUUAAACAUUACAUAGUUUUAAUAAUAGUAAUUACCAGUAUAUGCAAGAGCCAAGCACUGAACGCCUCCACAAGUUUUCAUUUCAUUUUCUACCAUACAUUAAGAAGAAACAGAACAACUUGCAGAGACAUUUUUAAUUGACUUAUGAUUCUGUUCCAGAGAAGCAGAAUGAUGCCUUGCUUUUUAAACCCUGAAUACCAGGAAUCAGAGAGAUGGGAGUGCAUUCCACUGCCAGCAAUGGGGAGCCAUGCUGUAGUUGUGGGCACUAGGGGAUUAAUGUUAGCCCUUCUCUGUUGGUUUUGUACUGUUUGUAACACUAUAAACAUGGGGAUUUGUAACUUCAGAUAGAAAGAAAUGCCUCUGUGAAUCUGAGGUUUCAUUAAGUUAUUUUAAUAUUGCUAUAGUUGUAAGACAUUUUAUUAGCAGUUUCUCCAGUUUCAUUACAUUUACAUACGUGUAUCUUACCUGAACCAGUUAAGGAUUUUCACUACAAUUUGAUUUUCAGAAACCCAAAUAAUUUCAAUCUAAAAUGCUGAAAUGAGAUUGUUUUCCGUGAAUAUUAUGCAUGUGUUUGCAGUUUCUACACUCAUGCUCAUAUAGUACAAAUGUGGGUCUUACUCUUAACUACAAUCCUCUACAAAGCAUGAUUUGUAUCAGAUAAGCAAAUAUUAUAUGAACUAAACUUGAAGACAUUUAAUCAUUGUAGCUUUUGUGACAAGACAAAAUGUGAGUGUUUUCCAAGUUCCAUGGAAACAACUUUUUAUAAAAACAAAGGUUUAUUUGAAUUUUCAAUGGGUUAGUGAUCAAGCGUCUGAUAGUACUAAUAAUUGUAGUGAAAAGCCUUAAGUAACAAAUUUUGGAGCAGCCGUACUUAUAAUUUUGUACUGGUAUUUAAGACUUGUUGCAAAAGUUAAAUGAUACAGUGACUGGUAAUGACUAAGUAGUUGCCUCAAUCAUGUUACUAGUAAGGUUUCUAAACUAUUAAGUGCAAGCUUAAAAGAAAAAAAAAAAAAGUAAGAAUCCCUGUCACUUUUGUCAUGAAUCUAAAGAUUCAGAAGCCUUUAUACAAAGGUAGUAUAAAUAUAUGCAAAUGUGUAUAUACAGUAGCAUGGCCACCUUUGUUAGAAUGCCUGUAAUAGAAGGGAUUACCCUUUGAUUUUGAUAUAGGUGAAUAAUUCAGCUGGACUGUACUGAGUAGAACGUAUUUUUAUCCAUUCACUUCUACCAUUUUUAUAAUUGUCAGAUUAAUACUUAACUGAAACUUAUCCUGAUGCUCAUAACUCUGUUCUUACUAGCUAUGCUACUGGAGAUUUCAAGAAGUAGUCCUGUGAACAGUAACACAUGAUUCCUCGUGAAACAUAGAAUUUAUUUCUUCUUAUUGGAAAUUUCACCAUGCCAUAUGAGCACCGCUUUGCAGCUAUCACUUCACUGAGUUCUUGUGUGCACUGCAUACCAUCAGGUUCCGGUAAAGCAAAUUGUAAGUUGCUGCUCAUAGUCAAAUUUGGUUCUUAAGAUUAUCUUUUCAUGAGUUCCCACUGAAAGAAGUAGCAAAAAGAAACUGAUUCAGCUCUUCUGUGGUCAUUGACACAAAUAAUAUAUCUGUGUGUCAAGACAUGUUUGAAAUGUUCUGAAAACAGACCACACCAGUAACUAUUGGACUUCUGGUCAUAAGAAAUAAAUGCUUCUCUAAAACCAAAAUGUCAAUCACAGUAGACCAAAUAGUGGUAUAAACUCCAAAGGAAAAUAAUGUAGUUUUCCCACAAAUGGGGAUAGCGUAUGUUAUACAGUAGUUUCAAACACUACCUCAGUUAGGCUAGAGUAGAAGAGAUUUGUUUUAAUAACUAAAUGGGGUUACAUCAAACAACUCCAUGUUAUUUUUCUGCAGUUAAAGCAAAAUAAACAAGUUUUAUCACCUGUAUUUAAAUAAAACACCUCUGUUCAUUUGUUAAGUUUAACCCAUAGCACUUAAUGUAGAAAGGCCUCUGAUUAUAAAAAGUUAAGCAAACCUACUCUUGAAAGAAUUUCCAUCCUGAAAUGCUUAUGCAUUCUGAAGUACUUGCUUGUGUGGGGAUCCAUGACAACAGAAACUUGACAUAAAUAAUUAUGGCUGCAAAUUCAGUUAUAAAGUGUGAUUUUUCUUCUGAAAGUGUAUGAGUGUCAGUAAUUUCAACAAGUAUGCAUCAAGGAUGUAGAGUGUACUGUACAUAGCAUACAACAUUUCUAGAAAAUUAAUUUACGAACUGACAUUGAGCUCACAUUGGUGUUUCUGUUUAAUUGGCAAAUGAAGGGGAUACUGUUAUUGAAGGAAAUUUAUAUUGGCCUAGUUAUAAACUGUGAAUUUCUAAAUCUGUAGAUUUCUUUUUUUCAAAUACUACUUUCAGAGUUCUUGUUUUGGGGUUUCAUUUGGUUCAUGUUAAAGCUUCAAAGGAAAACUGUAGUAAGCAAUGAUUGUGCUUGUUUUAGCCCUAAUAAAGAAUCUCCUCCACUUCUACUAGGGAAGCUGACAGACCACCCACUUUUUAUAUUUCCAGUCUGAAUUAUGCUGUUGAAUAAAUGGCAAAGGGUGUAGUGUUCAUCUACACUAUAUACCAAUGCACCACAUGCUCAUACACAGCUCAGAGGCAGAAGCUGUUGUGGGAAGGAGAGGCUGCAUGUGAAAUCAGUCACAUUUAGUCUGCUGCAUUAGCUGUCCAAUUUACUUAGUCGGCUUUUACAGUCAGUGCCCUUUGCAAAGGGCAGAAAGUGAACUGGUGGGGCCCCCAGGCACCUCCCUGAGGGCCUCUUUCUCUCCAAGGAGGGAAGGAGGACAUAGCUCGGUGCUGAGAGUCUGCUUUUGUAGUCAGAGACUUCUUCAGCUCUCUUAAAUUUAGAGAUGCAGCAUGCUUUUAGCUGUUGCAGACAUCAGUUGGAGCUGGAGAUGGCUUUGUACUGGCGACCCUGUAUAUGGGGCCUCUGGCAUAUUGGGCUUCAGUCAGUUGCUUUUCCUCAUCUGACCAUUCUUAUCUGACUGACAUCUGACAUACUUACCCAAAAUGUGCUCUCAUUUCAGGGUGGUGGGGUUUUUUCCCAAGUGGUGAUAGUUUAGGGUGCACUGGCUCAGCACACUGAGGUAAGCUAUCCUUAUAAGGCACCAGUGAGAAUCCUGAUUAUCUUUUUGUCAUCUUAUUUUGAAACACACGUAGUGAUCUCGAAUGAGAGUUUAAUUUGCAGUGAGACAAAACAAAACCGUAGCGCCUUUCCUGUGUGCCUGAAGAGUAAGGUAGCUAUUCAAGAAACAGAAUAAUCAUAGCCUAGUGAGAGAUGGAAGAGUUUGCUGUUUUGUAGUAGUGUCCGGGUUGUGGUAUUUGGCUUUUUGGACUGCAGGAGGCUGGUGUUUCCCUCUAAGGGAACAUAAGCUCCAGUUUAGCGAUCGCAGGCUUGUUUGCCAGGCUCUGGAACAUCUCUGUGGUUCUGCUCACCUCCCAGCAGGGCGGCACACAAGUCCUGUUACUCUGAGCUUUACUGGAGGCAGUUGAAAGCAGGUCCAUUAACUAUUUUUUUUUUUAAUAGUUUAAAAAAACCUAUUAAAACACUUCUCAUAUUGUGUGCUUAUUAAAGGUAUACUUGGUGAGAGUAAAACCUGAACUGUAAAAGAACUAUGGGGACAUGCUAGAAAACAUGUUGGUAUUUUUUCUAGACGCCCCCUGAUCUCCUUGGGUUUUGUUUUAAAUCCUGGUGGUGGUUCCCUAGAUAGUUUUGUUUUCAACAGAUUUAUACUCAGUAAAGAAUGCAGAUUUUCUUUGGGCUAUUUUUGUAGCGUAGAUGGACAGCAAUGCCAGCAUGCAGAAAUUGCACAUUUUGUUUGAGUUGCUUUGUAAAAUACACUAUUUUAUUUGAGAAAUGUAAUUUAUGCCAAAAAAUGUAACAUGCCAUUUUGCCAUUGAAUAGGGUGUCUCAGCACAAGAUGCAAUGUCUAAGGGGGGAAAAGGCAGACAAUUUUUAGUUGUAUUUGAAAAAUUGUUCCAAUACUGGGCUGUCAGCAUCCCUAAAACUUUAUUACAAGAGAUUAUCUAAAUUAAUCAUUCUGAUCUGAGGAAAGGGAUCAAGGAAAAUCUCAAUACUUAUUCUCCCUGUCCUGUGUGGUCUUUUUUUUAUUUAGUAAUACGCUGCUACAUAUUUGGAGGUUCUAGUGUUUUUAGGUCACUGAACAGACAUUGAAAUCUGAUUUAUAUUGUAUACCUGUAACAUAGAAAGAAAAAGUAUUUAUAUAUUUUACGUAAGAAUAUUGCAUUGAGCUGUGUAUAAUUUAAACAGAGGCUUGUCCCAAAAUGGUAUUGCCCAUCUUGAUUUUUUUCGUGGUUUUUUCUUCUUUUUCUCUUUUUUUUUUUUUUUUUUUUUUGUAUACUGUGUACAGUUCAUGUCAAUGAGCAUUAAAGGCCUCCUGAAGCGUAGUCUUAUCAAAGGGAUGCGUUGUUAAUAAAAUGUACUUAAACUUCUAAUAGUUGUUCUGGUCUCUUAUGUACCUCUCAGCACUAGAAAUGGGUUGGAAUUUUAUUCACAUUUGUAAGUUACUAAUCAACUAGAAUGACCAGAAGCUUUCUAAAUAAACUUUUUUGUCAAAAAUA